AUGUCCCGCGCCCUCGCCCUGGCGGUCUGCCUGGCGGCCGUCGCCGGCGCCGCCGCCCAGACCUUCUCCUGCGCCUCGCUGCCGCCCAACUGGGGCAGCGACCAGGACAACAACGACAACGGGCCCUGGACCGACCUGACCAGCGACCCCAGCGCCGCCGUGAUCUCCCAGAUCUGGAACACCUUCACUUCCCGCUACGGCUCCAAGGCCAUCCCCAACUGGACCACCUGCAGCGCCAGCGAGAUGACCAACUCCUCGGUCGGCUGCCAGCAGUCCGCCGGCGAAGGCACCAACUACGCCCUCCAGGUCAACUUCACCUGCCCCUCCGCCACCACCGAUGGCGACGAGGUGACCCUGGGCAUGACUGUUGACGUGAACACCUACUCCUCUUACAUCAACGUGGACGACAUGGAUGUGGAGUUUGUGGCCGUGAACGGAGAGAUUGUGACGGGCGACUUGGAUGAGGCCGACUGGUGGGAGUCCAAUGACGAUGUCUGGGGCGAUUUCUACUCCUUUGACGACCAGGACAACAACGACGACCAGGACGAUGAGAACAACGACAAUGACAACGAGUACUACCAGAACCAGGGCGAGCAGCAGGGGCUGGCCAACGCCGCUGCGGGCGAGGCACUGGGCCAGCAGCAGGCUGCCGUGGGCCAGGCGGUCGCCUCCGGCCAGAUCUCCGGCGAGCAGGCCGGCGAGAUGUUCCAGGAGAACGGCGAGGCGGCUGGCGAGGCGUUUGACGACAACAACAACGACAAGUGA